AUGAAAGUCAACCCAAUUGAUUGUUACCUAUUCCAUGUUAAAGAUUUAGAUAAAGAGGAGGUCGUAAAUCUUCAUACUCAAGAGUGCACUUGUAAGGAGUUUCAAGCUGAGCAACUACCAUGUGCACAUGUCAUUGCUGUAGCACGGGAUCGCAAUAUAAAUGUUUAUAGCUUAUGUGCUAACUAUUACACUAAUGAAUGUUUGUUGGCAGCAUAUUCGGAGGCCGUCUACCCAGUUGGGAAUCAGUCGGAAUGGAAGACAAGUGAAGAAUAUGUACAUAUGACUGUCUUACCUCCGAAAGUAGUGAAAAGAGUUGGUCGACCGAAGAAAAAUAGGAUUCCAAGUGUCGGUGAAGCACCAAAAUUGCAUAAAUGUGGUCGAUGUAAAGAAACAGGCCACAAUAGAUUAACGUGUACCAAUCCAAUUUCAUACAUUCAGAAGUCGAGCAUACAAGAUUAG